AUGGGAAAUAGGCAGUCAAAGAUAGAGAAAUCUCCUCAUGAGGUUUUAGGCUUAUCUCCUGUAUCCACUAAGAAGGAAGUCAAGGAUUGUUAUAGAACUCUCAUACUCAAGGUCCAUCCAGACGCACAGAAAGUCCACUCCUCUAAAGCUCCUAAAGAAGCAAUGGAAAUAAUGGAGGCAUACACAUCUAUUAUGAGAUCUCCUCCAGGAUUUGAGUUCUAUACCGAAGAACUCUUCAGGAAAGAUCUUAGGAAGUAUGCAGAUGAUUUCUUUGAAAGAAUAUCCGACUAUUGUAGAAUUCCAGGGGCUCCUAAAUUCAGUGACCCGGACUUCGAAAGGUUUUAUCAGGUGUUCACCAACUUCAGAACUCAAAAGGUAUUUGACUCCGAGGAAGAAAAAAGUGAAUUUUGUAGAAGUGUUAGAAAGGUAGCAAGGAUUGUUAAGAGCUUGGAUAAAAGGAUCAGCAUCGACAGCUUCUCUAUUGAAGCUCAUCCCGCACCUCCUAAAGUCAGAGAAAAGAAAACAAAGCUUUAUCCUUACAACUGUGAUCAUUGCAGUAAAGGAUUCCAUUCCCACAAUCAGAUCAUAGACCAUUUCAGGAGUAAAAAGCAUUUUGAAAGAAUAAGGCUAGUCUCAGAGGAUCCAAAGAAGUACAUAGAAAAACAGUUACAGGAGAUUACCUGUCAAGACCUCUCUGAAAUAACCCAAGAGCCCUGCACAGAAAAGGAACUUGAAAUCGUGGAGGACCACAAGGCUGAAGAGCAGAGUGUCCCUAAGAAGACAGGCCAUAUACGGGAGCCUGCCCCAUUUAGAACAUGUGCAGAGUGCAAAGCUGUGUUCAAUAGUAGGGCAGAGUUACUCACGCAUCUGAAAAUGGGGCACAAGGAAUUCUAG